GGUGUUUCAGAUCAUUUUGGGAGGGUCCCUCGAUAAGGAAAGAGCUUAAUCUAUAGGAGCGCCCGGCAACCAAUGCUUGUUAAGGAGUUUCGAAUUCCACUGCCAUUGGACGUUGAUGAAUUUCGAAAAGGGCAGCUCUACUCGGUAGCAGAAGCUUGUAAGAAUGAAACAGGUGGCGGAGAAGGAGCAGAGUUUGUGAAACAAAUUGAUUUCUUCGAUGACUCAACCAUUUUGCCGGGAAAGACGCUGUCGGGAACCUACACAUUCAAAAUCUACCGACUAAAGUCAAAAUCACCAUGGGUAUUACAAAAGAUAUUGCCUGAUGAAGCUUUCGAAGUUCAUGAAGAGAGUUGGAAUGCCUAUCCAUAUUGCAAAACAGUCAUAACUAAUCCCGGCUAUAUGGGAGAAAACUUCACUUUGGUAAUCGAGUCACUACAUCUUCCUGACAAUGGAUGUUCGGAAAACCCACUAAAUGCUCCACUCAAAAGAGAUAUAAUGUAUCUUGACAUAUGCGAUGACGUCACUAUAGGAAAAUACGACUAUUGCGCCGAUUUAGAUCCAAAACUUUUCUUAUCGGAGAGAACAGGGAGGGGACAGCUCAAACCGGAAUGGGUAUACUCUACGACUCCUAUUAUGUGUUGCUAUAAAGUUGUAACAGUUCAAUUUAAAUGGAUUGGACUGACUAAUUUUGUCGAGAAGACAAUUUUGAAGCAAUAUCCCAAGAUAUUUACAAAAUUUCAUAGGGAGGCCUUCUGUUGGGUGGAUUACUGGUAUGAUCUCACAGACGACGAGUUGAGGGAAUUCGAAGCAAAAAUAUCACAGCAGCUUCUGAAGCAAUUAGCAGAACCGGAGAAGAGGGGAGCUACGUGUGACGAUAGGGCUAUUAUCAAUUGAAUGAAGCAUAGUAACAGCAAAAUUUCAAACAGAAGAAUAAAACGAAAUGAAUUUGA